ACCAAAAAAAAACCAGUCAACCAGCUUUUUCUGGAAUAUAUGAACUUUCUACUUUAAGUGGCUGUGGCAGGAGUAUUUGAGAUUGGGAACAUCGUGUGCCUGUAAGCCCUUUGGCGUCUGCUUAGACCGUUAAUCACCAUUAUGUAUAAUAUUGGGUUGGUUUCUUUUCUAAUUACCGGGGUCAGCUGACGAGAAUAUUGCUUGUAAAACGAAAUGAACGCAAGGGAACUGAAAGAAAAAAAAAACUUUUUCUUUUAUUUGAAAUCGAAUGUAUCUUAUAAGGUUUCUUUGUCCGAUGUUUUAAGUUCAAUGUAAUGAAAUCUAAACAAGUUUGGCGUUAACAACAUGUCGUAAUUAUGGAUUCUCUCUAUAUUGAUUUUUUUCACCCCUUUUGCCGUUAUCAAAUUGCAGGAAACAUUGCAAAGCCCUCUUUGAUCAGCAUGCCUUUUUGAGGGCCUUCAAUUUACACUCAAAAAUCGUUUUUGACUUAGUGAUUUUACUUACGAGGAGAUAUUUGACAUUUUUGAGCUAUGAAGUUUGGGGUUGAAUUUCACUAACGCAUUGUGAAGAGAUAUGUCAUCCACAAACUCCGUGAUUGGACAAUCGAUUCACUCCAACAGUAAAUUUAACAAAGUAAAUCAGUUACGUUGUCCCAUUCUGUCUUCCGGGCUGUGUGUUCCGCUGUCUCUGUUCAAGAGUCUCGCACAGUUUUUUCCACUUUCUAAGUUGGAGAUGGACGUUUUCACCAUGAAGAUUUUGACCUCUCUCCUCGUUAUCGCUUUGAUGACAACCUGUGUUGUGCCUGAGAAAGUUCAUCAUGAAAGCAAGAACGAUAUCACGACAGGCCGACAAAAGCUAUCCUUUAACGGCUCUAUGCUGGAAGAUGCGAAGAUGUUGUCAUAUUAUGGCCUCAGCGCUGGUGAUAUCGUCGAUCUGCAGACAAAAUGCACUGAGUGUGAUCAGUCUUGUGAUGUCGCACACAAUAACCUGGGUCUUCGCAAAAGACGAGAUAUCACCAAGAGAAAAACCGUCUUUGACCAUCAAUCAAAACCAGAAUUCAUGGCCGCAUGUGGUAAAGAUUUCUUUUUGGACGGGAAAUUUCCGGAGGGAUUUGAAGAAACCGAUUCCAAAAAAUUUAUAUGCCAGACAUACAAGAAGGGCCUGCCAUAUUUCGCCACUAAGUUUGACACGACUAGAAAAACUGCAGACUUUUCAGCCUACAAGCCGAACAUCGGAUAUGAUGGUAGACCCACCUGGAAGGAUUUGUAUGAGCACGGACUUUACGAUAACGAUAAUGGAAUACAGUGGUACGGAAUUGACACAAGGUGUGCCUGGUCAAGGUAUCCUUACUCAGCUGUAGCAUCCACGCAAGGCACAGACAAGACUUAUUACAGGGCAGGAAAGACAUUCAGGGUUGACCGAGGUCACCUCAAUCCUUCAGGCAAGUGGAAGCCAGUCUGUUCGGAAUUAUUAAAGAAAUAAAAUCGCGCCCGAGUGCAUUGUCGAGUUAUAUAAGCAUGCGGGAAUUUUCUAAAACACAAGAGAAGUGCAUAGAGAAGCACGAAGCGCAGCCGAGUGCUUCUUUCACUUCUCGAGUGUUUUUAAAAUUCCCAAGUGAUUAUCAAAGGGUAAAUUCUCUUCGGUCGCGCCAUCAUUACGUCAACAGCUCGUGCUAGCUCUGUGUUUCUAUCGAGUUAUAGAAUCACGAUUUCUAACCAGUCAGCGCGCGUAUUUUCUUAGCACUGUUUUCUAAACAGUUACAUUGAAAGGGAAUUGACCAAUCAUAGCGCGCGCAGUUCCUCCCACAUUUUAUAAUGUGAAUAAGUCACGCUCACUUU